AAAUCAAACCUCAUCUGAGCUAACAGCUCUGUAGCUCCUCUGUAAUAACUUUUAAUAAAAAUCAACAAGAACCUGUUGAUUUGUCACGUGGUGGCUGGUUUUUAUUCAUUUUAUUUACUUUAUGUUAUUUACACAUUUAUUUUUCCAGACUUUUUCGGUCUUAAAUUAUAACAAAAAAGUUAUUGAUAGAGAAAAUAUUGAAUUAGGAGCUUAUUAGAGAAAUAUUAAAGUGAUCCACACUUGGUUUUACAUUUCCUUUAAUAAUAAUAAGUUUUAUUUCCGUAGCACCUCGCAAAAUGUACUAAAAUCAUUAAGACAUUAGAGACAUACAGUCCUGUGCAAAAGUGUUGCGCCACCCUUCAUUUUUUUUCUUUUGUGCUCUUAAGCAACAACUUAUUCAGUGAAACAGGAGAAAGUCGAGUAAAAGCACCCAGAGAUCUGAUAAACUCCUCACACAGACUUGAACAAUCAGACUUGGUGAAUUUAAAGCCUGUUUUUAAGGGAUUUGGUUUUUAUUUCUGAAAAAUCUUAGUGAUUUCCUUCUCGGUUUACGUCAGAUGAAGUACUUCCUGGAUGUUUUUACUCACCGACACACUCAUAAAUACACACUGCCGCUCCAAGACACUGAAAAAGGGGCUUGACCUGUGCUCGGAGUAAUCCUCAGUCCUGGCAGAUGUACUAACACAGAUUUAGCCGAGAAUAAAACAGUCAGGAUGUCAUGUGUCACUUAACUCCUGUCUCGCUGGUUUCUUGGGGGAGAAAUGGCUAGAAAGACGCCGAGAGGCCAGCGAUCUCUUCCCACAAUGUCGAGUCAAGACACAGAAGAUGUUCCAGCACCAAAGCACAAGAAGAAGAGAGCGAAAAAGGAGACAAAUGGGGUGGACGAUACAGAUGAUCAGGGGAUGGAGAUGGGAGGCAUGGGCAGCCGCAGGGCUUCUGGAAUCGGGGAUCAUCUGACCCUUGAAGCCACAGUCGAGGCCCCGCCACAGAGGAGGAGGAAGAAGAAGAAAACUGCCACUAUAGGUCUUGAGGACGACCACGCCGACCUGGUGAACGGAGACACCGCGGACCAGACCACAGAUGGAGAAGAAGUGGUCAGGAAACCCCGAAAGAAAAAGAAGUCCAAAGUUGUCGAGACGCAGCUUCCCGAUGAGCUGGACAUACCGGAGGAUGACAUCAUCGCCGACACCCCUCCUCCAUUGCCGCAGCAUUCCCUGUUCGCCGCCCCACAGGGUCAGAGCCAGCCGGUCGGGAAGGUGUUUGUGGAGAGAAAUAAGCGUUUCCAGGCUGCUGAACGCUCCGAUUGGAGGAAGACCAGCGACCCGAUGGACAACAUGGCAGACUUCCAGCACAUGCAGCCACUGUGGACCACCAGAGAUGUUUCCAUCAGAGUGCAUGGAGGCUUCAGGGUGUUCGGUCUAUACUGUCAGGGCUUCCUGGCCGGCUACGCCGUGUGGAACGUGGUGAUGGUGUACAUGCUAGCUGGGCAGCACCUCACCGCCCUGUCCAACCUGCUUGAGCAGUACCAAAGCGUGGCGUAUCCCUCCCAGUCUCUGCUCUACAUGCUGCUGGCCAUCAGUACAGUGGCAGCCUUCGACAGGGUGAAUCUGGCCAAAGGCCCCGUGGCUCUACGGGAGUUCAUCACGCUGGAUCCGGUGGCUCUCGCCUCGUUCUUGUAUUUCUCAGCGCUCGUCCUCUCUCUGAGCCAGCAAAUGACCAGCGAUCGGAUCAACCUCUAUUCCAACAACACGGCACUACUGCCUACAGGGUUGGAGCACCAAAUUCUCCACCCAUGGGUGACUGUCAACCUGGUGGUGGCCCUGCUGGUGGGCCUGGCCUGGAUUUUAAUCGCCAUCAGACCUGAGACCGACUACACGGAGGGUUACCUAAUGGCCAUGGAGAUUGAGCCUCCAAAGCUAGAGGACAAAUCAGAAAUAACCGCCUGAGAAAAUUAAGAAAUUACUGUACAGCUUUUUUUGUCAUUUUGCACAUAUUUUUGCAUUUUGUCGUGAAUGUUGUUUAAGUUAUUUUUGUACGUUUGAAAUAUGUUUAUUUCUUUUUAAAUACAGAGAUUUAAAGAAUA